GCGCUGCCAACUAUUAACUGACUAUCGAGGCUCAUUAUUAAUCUUACGACGGUUCAAAGCCGCUUGUCCUGCUACAGGAGUGUGCGUGCGUCGGUUAUUUGUUGUCGGGUCCUGCUGCCUGGCGCGCACUCGCAAUGCCUGGAAGAUUGUGGUGCAAAGCUGUUUUUACUGGCUAUAAACGUGGCCUUCGAAACCAAAGAGAGCAUACAGCUCUACUGAAGAUUGAGGGCGUUUACUGCCGUGAUGAAACAGAAUUUUACCUGGGUAAAAGAUGUGCCUAUGUAUACAAGGCAAAGAACAAUACCGUCACUCCUGGUGGUAAACCAAAUAAAACUCGUGUUAUUUGGGGUAAAGUGACUCGUUCUCAUGGUAACAGUGGCAUGGUCCGUGCCAAGUUCAGAAGUAACCUGCCCGCAAAGGCUAUUGGGCACAGGAUUCGUGUGAUGCUGUACCCAUCAAGAAUUUGAAGCAAGGCUGUACAUAAUUUGAAAAUAAAUAGUAAAAUGGUCUAAA